GUUGGGUUGGGCGAGGGUCACGUCUCCAGCAUAGCUGCUGUAGUUGUAGAUAAUUAAGGUUGUAAAGAUCGGAUUUGGAUUGAGCUUGCCCUGGCGUUUGUCCUUCCAGAUCUGGCCGUGCAGGGCUGCAGGCCGUCGGAGAGGGAGACAUGGCGGUGGUUGCUGCCUUGUCCAACUUUCUCACUCUCCCGUCUUGCCACUCCCCAGGAAAACUAUCACCCGAUGAGCCCAUCUCACGCACGAUCGAGCGCGACCUUUUCUUCUUCUCUAUCCCACAACAUCCCACCGGGAAAGAUGGCCGCGUCGCCCAGGCCAGCGCCCACGGCCACCCAGCAGAAGGUCCGGGCUGCCUUUGCCAAGGCGUUGAGCUGCUGGCGUGGCGUGCCCAAUGCCGAUGCCAGUGUGUGCCCCCGCAUCCUCUCCACUGGCCGUGUCCCUCGCGCGCUGACGGACAACAGCGACGUCCACGGCAGAAGAGGAGCACUCCCGUGUUUAUUCGCGUUGUCUUCCUCGGCGACGAUUGCCACGGCGCUGCUGUCAUGUUCUACAUCCACACAUCCCCGCUGUGAUUCCAUCAGAUUGGGCAUAUGUGGAGAAGCAUGUCUGAUUGCCCUUAGGUUCAGAACCAUAUUCCAAAACAAGCUAUUCUCCUUGGCAACCGACCUGGAAGUGAGGUCACAGUUGACACCUAUUGUCGUCCAGCAGCUGAUACUUGAAGUCUCUGUGCGACAAAAUUAUGUCUGCAAUCUGAUCAGCUUGCAGCGUGGUGUGUUCAUGGGGUAGAGAAUAUGAGAUGCAACUCUUCAAUAUUUUCACUUCUUCAGUCCAAUCUUCCUGGCCACAACCUGAAUAUUUGCUUCUUUGCUAUCUGUUAUCAGUAUUUUUCUAGCAGAAACCUGGUUAAGGAACUUACAAGUAGUCGAGUACUAAUAUUUUCAUAUGUAUGUACUUGUGCACUAACCCCUUCAUACGAUUCAAAAGCAUCUUUUGCUUUACAUUUUGUUUAUUUGCUCGGCACAAAAUGUACUGAAAGUGCAUUCCAUAGUUUUUUCCUUGGCCUAAAUAUAUAUA